CUAGGGCAGUGAAUGCUCACUAAUACUUCGAAGGAGUUGGCAGUGGAAAUGCCUAUAUAGGUGCUAUACGUGUACAAGACUAAUACAAAUGCAAAGUCACUAUGGUAGAACGGGAGCGGUGUUAACGUAAAGUAGGCAAGACCCAAAUUGGGAGCUGGAUUGAGGUGCACGACAGCUAUCCCAGCGGAGUGAUUCCCAAAGGCCAUCAAGCAAAGUUUCAUAGCACUUUAUGUAUACAGGUCUUCUUGUGAAUAUUAUAUGAUAAAGACGGUCCACCAGUAACGAAGACUUGAUGUUGUUAAGAAGUUGAACCCACGGCCCUAACAAUGGCCGAGGGCGACUACGAGUUUCGCCCAAAGCCUACGGUGCUUAGUCGUGUUGAACUAGACGAGCUCCUUCGCGUAGCACCACCGGCAGAGGCUGUCGCCCGAGGAUUUCUAUUACAAGAGGCGGAUGUGGACCGGGUCAUAUCCGCAGCCAGGGAGCUUGAGGGUGCACAAGUGGUUGCGGACCCGAACGCCCCUCCUCAGCAAACAAUCGAUACCCUCCUAAGGGUCGUAAGGGUUCUGCAAGCAGCUAUUGACGUGCAGUUCUCCGAGAACGAGGAGCUAACCGCCGACUUCAACGAGUUACAGAACAAUGAGGUACGGCGGCUGCGGCAGGAGAACAACCGGCUGCGGGAGCUGCGCGACCGGGAGGAGGCGUCCGCAGACGUUGGCGAGCUGCGUCGCCGCAAUGAGGACCUGCUCGACCAGCUGGACGAGAUGGAGGAGGACCUGAAGCGGCUGCGGGAGGUGGAGAAGGAGGUCACCACACGGAACAAGGAGCUGGAGGCAAGCAUCCAAGACCGCGACAAGGAGCUCUCGCGGCUGCAGUCCCGGCUGCGCGACACGGAGGACCGCUACGACCGCACCCGUGAUGAGGUCAAGGAGCUGCAGCAGAACUACCGCACGCUCAGCCAGCAGUACGACCGCGCGCGUGCGGAGGCGCAGGUGCAGGACAUCAAGCACCAGGCGGACUGGACGAUCGAGCGGCUGACCAAGGACAACCGCGCGGCGGAGCUGGUCAACACGGAGCUGCGGAAGGACCUGGAGGACGUGAGGGAGGAGAACCUGGAGGUGUCGGCGAAGAUCGUGCAGCUGAACGAGCAGAACCAGGAGCUGCUGAGGAAGAACAUGUCGCUGGAGGCGCGUGUGGAGGAGGUGAGCAACGACAAGGACAACCUGCUGUCCAUCCAGGACGAGCUGCGGAGCGAGCUGCAGGACAAGAUGAACCUGCUGGACGAGUUUGAGGACAAGUUCAACCGGCAGUACAGGUCAUGGGAGGAUGAGAAGGCGGGUCUGCUAGCGCAAAUCGAGGCGCUGCGUCGCGAGGCUAAGACCCGUCGCGGAGGCAGGGGAGCCGAGCUGAGCGGCGCUCCGGGUGAAGAGGGCGUCAGUAACGCUGAGUUCAAGGCGAUGCGACGGGAGCUCAAUGACGCACGCGAAAAGGAGGUGCUGCUGCUGGAGGCGUACGAGCAGCUGGAGAACGACGUGAGCAAGGAGGUGGACCGGGCCCUGGCGCGGCAGGCGGAGGAGGUGGCGCGGCUGCAGCGGCGGGUGGACUUCCUGCAGGGCAAGCUGGAGCAGCAGGACGAGGACGCGGAGGACGCGCGGGAUGCCAUGGCUGAGCUGGAGGAGGAGCUGCGGGACGCGCUGGAGCGGAACAAGCUGUACGAACAGGGCGUGUACGGGUUGCCGCAGGCGGUGGAGGAGCUCCGGCAGCUGAAGGCGGCGCUGUCCAAGGAGGAGCGGCGCAACCGCGAGCUGAUCACGCAGAUCAACAAGCAGGCCGCCAAGGUGGAGGACCUGCACGACGAGAACGCCAUGCUGCGCCAGAAGGCGGGGCUGGGCGAGGGCGACAAGGUGGACAUCCGGGACAUCAAGAUGCAGAAGGAGGCCACCAUUGCGCAGCUGAGGGCGCUGAAUGCGCUGCUGGAGCGCCAGGUGGCGGACCUGGAGGAGGAGCGGCGCAAGCUGCGCAUGGAGAUGAAGUUCCGCGCCAAGUACCACGGGCAGCAUGCGCUGGAGAUGGGGCUGAGCAACGAGAAGCUGCUGCUGCUGGAGCAGUACGCGGACGACCUGAAGAACAACCGAGUGGAGGAGGCGCGCGUGGUGGAUCAGAUGCAGAAGCGGGUGGAGUUCCUGGAGGUGCGGCUGGCCGAGGUGAUGGCCUACGCGGACAUCCCGCCCAGCAUGCGCCCCGCGCUCAGCGAGUUCGACCCGACGGGCCUGCAGUCCUUCCAGUCGGCGGUGCAGACCGCCGCCGCGGAGGCCUUCACCGCGCCCCGGCCCGCUGCUCCGAGCGCAGCUGCGCUGUCGGCCAUCAAGGCCAAGGAGAUUGAGGUGGUGCGGAAGGUAGCGCAGGACUGCAUGCGGCGCCUCCGCCAGAUGAGCCAGUCGCUACACGAGCAACGCAACGUCAGCGACAAGGACUACCAGCGCUACGUGGACACCAUCCUCUCCGAGCUCGCCAACGCCGACAAGGUGCUCGCAGCACUGCUCAAGGACCCAUCCGCCCUCGUCACCGUCACCUCCGCCACAGCUCCCCAGCAGCCACACCCCACCGACCUCACCGUUGUGCCUCCAUCACCCACCAGCCCCGGCCCUAUCAGCCCCAUUGGCCGUGGCACGUCCUUCAGCCCUCGCCCCAGCGGCAUCGUGCCCGGGACUGCGCAGCCUGCCGCGGUUCAGAUCAUGCCGGGUGACGCGAGCUACCUGGCGGAUGCUGUGGCGGAGGAGCUGAGGGAGAAGCUGCGCGGGCUGGCGCGGCAGGUCGCGGACCUGCAGCUGGACGUGACGCAGAAGGACGUGCGCAUCAAGCAGCUGCUGGAGCAGAAGACGGAGCUGGAGAAGAAGAUUGGCACAGCGGUGGGCGACCGCAAGUCAGACUACGUGACCAUGGGCGAGUACGAGGACCUGCAGCUGGAGGUGCAGGGCCUCAAGGAGCAGUUGAUCGGCGCGCUGGAGGAGCUGGCGGCCCGCGAGCGCGAGGCGGCUGAGCUGCACGACACCUCGCUGCGCUACCACACCAAGAUGCAGACCUUCAGCGACCAGGUGAAGCUGCUGUAUCGGGAGUACUCGGGCGCGCUGACGGCGUGGAAGGUGGAGAAGAACACCAUGGAGAAGAAGGGUCGCAAGGCGCAGGCGGACGCGGACGCCUACAAGGCCGCCGUACGGGAGCUGCAGACCGCCCUGGACACGCUCACCAAGUCCCGCGGCGACAUGAGUGAGGUGGAGCGGGAGUACCUGGACACCGUGCGGCGCAUGGCGGUGGUGCAGAUCAAGCAGGCCAGGCUGGCACGUGAACUGGAGGCCAGCGUGUCGAGCGAGAAGGCGCUGACGGCGCGGGUGACGGAGCUGGAGGAGGAGGUGCGCGACGUGAGCUCCACCGCUCGCGGGCGCAUCCGCUGGCUGGAGACGUCUUCGGAGCAGACCAAGCGGCGUGUGGAGCAGCUGUUCCGGGAGCUAGAGAGCUCGGUGUCGCUCACGGCCUACCACUCGCUGGUGGGUAAGCACAGCCGGCUGCAGCACGAGUACCGCAAGCUGCUGGAGGAGCAGGCGGACGCGGUGGUGGCCCCCGGGCAGGAGGAGGCGUUCCGGCUGCGGGAGGAGCUGGGACAGAUGAUGCUGCGGUACGACCAGGCCGCCAGCCAGGCUACGGAGCUCAAGGCCAAGCUCCGUCAAGCGGAGCUGGUGGCCCAAGCCACGCAGCAGGCCGCCUCUCCCUCACCUCAGCAAGCCGUCGAUGGCAAGCAGGCGGGCAGCAACCAGUCCCGGCUGGCGAGCGCUGCAGGCCAGCAGUCCGCGGCAGCGGCGGCGGCAGCGGCAGCCGUCAAGGUGGAUACCGUCCUCAGUCAGGAGCUGGUGGCGGCUCGGGUGCAGGAGGAGUCGGCGCUGCGGCGGGCGGAGUUGGUUGAGAGGGAGCGCGACAGGAUACAGCGGACGCUGGCUGAGACGCAGGAACAUGGAAAGGAGCUGGAACAGCGGCUGGCGCAGACUGCUGCCGAGCUGGAGCUGGCGCGCCAGACCACCAACAGCCUGCAGAGGCGGCUGAUGGGCGCGAAGACCAAGGAGGAGGUGGACGAGAUGGCUCGCCGCAUGCACGCUGCAGAAGCAUCGGCGGCUGAGGUGCAGAAAAACCACUCGGACCUCGUCUACAAGGCCGAGGAGGCGGAACGGCGUGCGGAGGCUGCAAAUCGCGACCGCAUGCGCUUCCUGGCGGAGAUCACCAACCUCAAGGCGGCGCUGCGCGACAUGUCGGGACACAGCGAGAAGGCGGCGCUGUUGGCUAAGUUACACCUGGAGCUGGAUCACAGCAGAGCCAAGGAGUCACUGGCCCGCAACGCCCUGAACCGCUCCGAGCUGCAGCGCAUCGAGUUGGAGAAGGAGGUACGGCGCCAGAAGCAGGAGCUGGCCAACCUGACCGGCCGCAUGGUGGCACACCAGGACCAGGCCGCAUGGUCGGACCGGCAGCGGCAGGAGGCGCAGGCGCAGCUGCAGAUCAGCCUGGCGGGCCGCACGGAGGUGUGGAAGGCGCAGCUGUGGGCGCGCAAGCUGGAGCAGCUCAAGCAGCGCAAUGAGGCCUUGGCGGACGGGUUGGAGGUCGCCAGGAACCGAAUCAUCAAGAUCGAGGAUGCGCGUCAGGAGGCGGAGCUGCGGUUGGAGUUGCGGGAGGAGAUCGCGGGGCUGGGGCACCGCAGCGCCAGCGAGCUGGGCCGCGAGGUGGAGCGGCUGCGGGAGCAGCUGAUGCAGCUGCAGCUGGAGAAGAGCAAGGUCAAGCGGGAGGACACGCUGCUGAAGGAAAAGGUUCGCUACACGGAGAACGUCAAUGCGGAGCUGCACGACUUGCUGGAGAAGUACGAGGCCGAAUACUUCCAGGCGCAGAGCCAGCUGGAGGCGGACCGUGCCGCCGCGGAGAGGCGCGCGGUGGGGCUGCAGGAGGAGGUGGUGAAGCUGCAGGAGCGGAUCAACAUGCUGCUGGCGGCAAAGGAGCUGGGAGGAGGAGGAGGGGGAGGCGAGGGCGAGGGCGGCAAGUCGCUGCUGCAGGGAUCGCGGUCGGGCGAGGAGGGCGGCGCCAGGGGCGGCAGCUACCGGAAGACCAUGGCCGAGCGGGACGAGCUCAUUGCGAUGAUCGAGGCGCUCAAGGUGGCUCGGGAGGAGGCGGAGCACCUGCGCACGGACCGCGCCCGCCUGCAGGCCGACCACGAGGGUGUGGCCCGCGAGCUGGAGGACGUGCGGCGGCACCACAAAGACGCGCUGGACCGGCUGACGCAGCAGAACGAGGCGCUGCUGUACGCACUCAACCAGUUCAAGGCCAAGGGCGCAGACAUGACGGUGUUUGACCAGGUGAAGGCCGUGGCCGAGGCCAGCGUGAACGAGCUGAAGGAGCGGUUGAAGGACCGCGAGCGCACCAUCGCUGCGCUGCGGCAGCAGCUGGAGGACGAGGCGGCGCAGGCGCUGGCACGACACACCGCGGACCGCGCGGAGAUUGAGCGGCUGAACCAGAAGCUGUUUGAGCGGAAUGACGCGUCCAUCCAGGACUUGAAGUCCGUGUUGGAGCGCAUGCCGCUCAAGCAGGCGGGCCAGCAGGUGCCGGAGGAGCAGCUGCGGCUGCGUGACGCGCUGGAGCGGGCGCAGGACAGCAUCACAGUCCUGAAGAACCGCCUGGAGCAGAAGGACGCCGCCAUAGAUGUGCUGAAGCUGAACUGCGAGCAGCAGGUGAAGCAGCUGAAGGAGCAGAUGCAGCGCGUGCAGGCAGAGGCGGAGGCGCGCGCAGUGGCCCGCGAUGAGGGCCCCACCAAGGCGCAGCUGCAGAAGCUGAGCAGCCAGGUCAAGAUGAAGGAUGAGAUGCUGCGCCAGCUGAAGGCCGCCAUCAAGACCCUGGAGGCCAAGCUGACUCAGGUCAUGAAGGAGCAUGCGGACGAGAAGAUGCAGGCUGCCAGCUGGCACGUCCAGGAGCGGCUGCAGCAGCAGCUGGAGCAGCUCACCUCGGAGCGCGAGGAGCUGCAGCGGCGGCUGGCGCUGGCGGAGGACAAUGUGGCUGCGGCGGCGGGGGCGGACCAGCACCUGGCGGAGCAGCUGCGGGAGGCACACAGGCGGUUACAAAAGGAGGUGGACUCCCGUGUCGAGGUGGAGAAGCACCUGGCUGCUGUGCGGGAGGAGCUCACCAAGUUCAGGAAUGCACGGGAAGCGGUUGUGGACCUCACAACGGGCAUGUCUGUUGAGGCCAAGCGCCAGAUCGACGAACUGAACAAGCGCAUCAACGUGCUCGAAAAGCAGAACGCGGCCCUCAAGCGUAUGGCCCAUGUGGACGUGGGCGGGGGAGCUGGUGACGGCACCAGCUCCGGUGGCGGCGCGGGGGCCGACGACCAGGACGGGGGCGGCGGCGGCGGUGGCAGCUCCACCAGUGGGCGGCGAGCACCGGCCAGGGCCCCGGCUGUACGGCGCACGACAUCCAGCAGCCGCCGGGAGCACGACGCAGGGGCCGCGGAUGACCAGACGGGUGCAGUUCCCGCUGCCGAAGUCGACCCUGAGGCGGAGGAGCGGCGGCAGAGGGCUCUGCUGCAGUGGGAGGAGGGCAAGAAGCUCAAUGCCAAGAUUGAGGCGCUCAAGAAGCAGCUUGCUGCCAAGACGAGCGAGGCGGUCACGCUGCAGAAGGAGAUCGACCGGCGGGCGGUGCAGGCCACAACGCUGCAGGCGGAGGCGGACCGACAGGCCGCUGCCAUCCGUGACCUCUCCGACAAGCUGAGACGAGCGCUGGACGCGCCUCGGAACGACAGGGCCAAGCUCCAAGAGUACAUGGAACGCUGCGCGGCAGUGGAGGAGGCCCGUGACGCGCUGACCGCCGAGGUGGCGCGGCUCCGACAGCAGCUCGGCGGCGCCAGCGGCGGCGCCAGCAGCAGCUCCGCCAAGGCGCCUCCCGCCUCCCCAGGCGGUGCGCAGCUCAAGCGCGAGGAGGACGUUCUGGAGCUGCGGCUGCAGCGGGACCAGCUGCUCAUCAAGGUCAAGCGCCUGGAGGAGCACGUGGCGGAGCUCAAGAGCCUGGCGGGUGAUGCGGGCGCCGCUGCGGCCGUCGGCUCUGGCAGCAGACGUGUAGCGGGUAGCGGCCGCACAGCCGGCGGCAUCACCCCGGCACGUGAGGCGGAGCUGCUGUCCACAAUCACCAACCUGAAGGCGGCGCUGGAGAAGGCCACCGCCAACACCACCUCCACCACAAAGUUCAUGGCGGAGGUCACCAAGCGCAAGGAGAUGCAGCGCGCAGCGGAGGUAGCCCGCGGCGAGGUUGAGCGGCUGAAGCAGCAGCUGGCCGCCAGCAGCCGCAUGGUGGCGGAGCUGCAGUCCGCGAAUGCGGAGCUGCGGCGGCAGCUGCGUGCCGCUCCUGGGACAGCGGCGGCGGCGGCAGGCGGGGCGCAUGGGGUUGGAGUGGCGGAGUUGGGUGUGCAGCUGAGCAACCUGGAGAUGCUGCUGGGGCAGCGGGACGAGGAGGUGGCGGCUCUGCGGGGCGCACUGGCGGCGAGGGACACGGAGCUGGAGUCGCUGCGGGGGGCUGGCGGUUCCAGCGGUGGCAGUUCAGAGGUGGAAUCCCUGCGUCGCCGGCUAGCCGAGUUGGAACGGGACAACGAGGACCUGCAGAACGAGCUCAACGCCUUCGACCCCGACUUCUGGGACGAGAUCAUGGAGAUGAAGAAGCAGCAUUUGGUGCUCAGCGAGACCGUUGGCAAGUACGAGGAGCUCAUCGUAGAGCUGUCGGAUAGGCUGGGCAUUGCGCCGCCGCUGCCUCGAGGAGGCGGCCCAAGGUUUGGCCCGGGAAGACGAGCGGGCGGGAGAGGGCCAGACGGACAGGGGUGAUUGACGCGCGACAUGAUACGUGCUGUGGUGAUCGUGUGUUCAACAUUGAGCGAGCUGCAUGUGAGUGACGCUAUAGGACGUUGUAAGAGUGACAAUUACGUGUAUGAAGUAAUGCCACUGCACUUCAUUGUGAAACUUGAGCUGACAUUGGCGGGGGCUUGUACGUGAUCUCACAACGGGCUCAGCCGUAACUGUUACCGUUGCACAUACUGCCUGCUGAGCACUGACUACCGUUAUACAUGCAUGGCGUUACGUGCAUGGUGAGUUUCAGAUGGUAUGCAUGCAUUAUGUUCCCUACAAACUAUCUGCGCGGGUCGUGGCACGCCCAUGGCUGAUCGCAAUCGCCAGACCAUGACACAUCGUGAUAACCUU